AUGGCGGAAUCGCGUGGGUUACUGCGAACAGGAGGAGCCGCGCUCGCGAUCCUCGCUGAGGCUGUCUUCCUCCUCUGUGCCGAUGGCAACCGCUCCGACCUGCCCUUCUCACCGCCGCUCAACAUCCAAGUGAACCUCACGGGGAAGGAGGACUGGCAGCCGCUAUUCCAAAUGGACAGUGGUGGGUGCAAGUCGUGCGGCAUGUACGAGAAGGGGUGGAUAGCAGACAGCCCCUACCUGCUCUUCCCGCUCUGCGAGUCCAACUUCUCAGCCCCCAAGGGCCACUCGCCUGCUCCCGGUGCUGCGGGCUUUGGGGAGCUGCUGCUGGCGGACCCAAAGGGCACUGUGGAGUUUGUGCUCUCAUGCCCCGCAUGCGUGAGGGACUUGGAAAUGAGUACAGGCGAUGUUCACACGGCACCUGCACCUCAAGGCUUGGGGGUGGUCGUCUGGGUGAUAGCAGGCGUGGCAGUAAUGGGUGUGCUUGUACUGCUCAUCACAUCUGUAGUGUAUAUCACUAAAGGCGGCGAUCAGAUUCUUGAUGAAUCGGAGCGUGACAAGUUUCUUGAAAUGGGGGCUAUGUCGUCAGAGGAGCCUCUUUACGCAUUAGGAAGAGAGCCUCGCCUUGCAUCCGAUGUGCUUAAAGGUGAUCCUGAUGACUACCUAUAG